AUGGAGGAGCCGAUGUGCCUGAUCGAGAACAGCCCGGAUGGGGAGCUGCAGCUGAACCAGCGAGCCCUGGCCCUGCUCCAGAGCGUCCGCCAGCCCGUGGUGGUGGUGGCCAUCGCUGGGCUGUACCGCACCGGCAAGUCCUACCUUCUGAACCGACUGGCCGGCAAGGACUGGGGAGGGUUCUCGCUGGGCUCCACCAUCCAGUCACACACCAAGGGCAUCUGGAUGUGGUGCCUGCCCCACCCCCGCCGGGCCGGCCACACCCUGGUGCUUCUGGACACCGAGGGGCUGGGCGACGUGGAGAAGGGCGAUGCGAAGAACGACGCGUGGAUCUUCACGCUGGCCGUGCUGCUCAGCGGCACCCUGGUCUACAACAGCCUGGGCACCAUCGACCAGUGCGCCCUGGAGCAGCUGCACUACGUGACGGAGCUGACGGAGCGCAUCAAGGUGAAGGCGGCAGGUGGGGGCAGCCGACAGGAGGGGGAGGAUUCGGCCGAGUUCGUGCGGUUUUUCCCGGCCUUCGUGUGGGCCGUGCGGGAUUUCGCGCUGCAGCUGAAGCUGGACGGGCGGGAGAUCACCGAGGACGAGUACCUGGAGAACGCCUUGAAACCCAGAGAAGGCCAGCCCGAGAAGCUGGAUCUGCCCAAGAAAUACCUGCGCCAGUACUUCCCCUCCCGCAAGUGCUUCGUGUUCGACCGCCCGGCCUCGCGCCGCGACCUGGCCCGGCUGGACGAGCUGCCCGAGGCAGCGCUGAGCCCCGACUUCCUGGAGCCGGCGCAGUGCUUCUGCAGCCACAUCCACCAGCACGCGGGCACCAAAACCCUCCCCGGCGGCCACGUGGUGACGGGCACCUUGCUGGGGAACCUGGCGGUGACCUACGUGGACGCCAUCCGCAGCGGGGCGGUGCCCUGCAUGGAGAGCGCGGUGCUGGCCCUGGCGCAGAUCGAGAACUCGGCGGCGGUGGGGGAGGCCGUGGCUGUCUACGAGGAGCAGCUGGAGCGGCGGGCGGCGCUGCCCACGGAGACCGUGCAGGAGCUGCUGGAGCUGCACGCCCAGUGCGAGCGGGAGGCGCUGCGGGCGUUCAUGGCGCGCGCCUUCAAGGACGACGAGCAGCAAUACCAGCGGCAGCUGAAGGACAAGCUGGACUCCAAGCGCGCUGAGCUCUGCCACCAGAACGAGGUGGCGUCGUCGGACCGGUGCACGGCCGCGCUGAGGGAGCUGUCGCAGGAGCUGGAGGAGCGGGUCUGCGAGGGGAGCUACUCGGUGCCCGGGGGCUACCAGCGCCUCCUGGCCGACCAACGGGAGAUGGUGGAGAAAUACCAGAGGGUGCCAGGGAAAGGGAUCAUGGCGGCCGAGGUGCUGCAGGAGUUUCUGAAGUCCAAGGAGACGGUGGCCCAGGCCGUCCUGCAGACGGACCAGAGCCUCACGGACAGACAGAGGGAGAUCGAAGCGGAGCGGGCGCGGGCCGAGGCGGCCGAGCGGGAGGCCCAGCUGAGCCAGGAGAUGCAGGCCAGGACGGAGCAGCUGCUGCAGGACCAGGAGCGCAGCCACGAGGAGCACGUCCGGCAGCUGACGGCCAAGAUGGAGCAGGACAGGAGGCAGCUGCUGGCCGAGCAGGAGAGAGUGCUGGCCCUGAAACUGCAGGACCAGGCGCAGCUGCUGUGCGAGAGGUUCCAGAGGGAGGCGGCGCAGAUGCAGCAGCAGUUGCAGCAGCAGAUGCAGCAAAUGCAGGAGAUGCAGAACAAGAGAAAGCGGCGCAAGCGGCGCAAGUGGUACCAUUUCGGAUUCUGA